UUGAGAAAAUGGAAAUGGUAUUUAUGGGAAGGUUGGGUACAGUUUUAACUUUAACUGGUUUCCUUUUAUCAGAAAUUAAUAUUUUUAUUUUCUAUCUUGUUGUUUUCAGUAGAAAUGGAUCGUAAAUCGGUUUUCAGGCAAACAGGGAAUAAAACGUUUUUCAGUGUAUUUUGAUUUAAAAGGAAAAAACCUAAAUGCAAUUUUUGCCUUUGAAUUUGCCAUGAACAACAUGCAGAUCCUGUUUUCCACUAGACUACCUUACUCCACUACCUUACUCAGAUAAAUGUCUGAGUGGUAGCUUGGAGACUUGGCAAACCGGCACCUUACCCAGGGGCUUAAGAGCUGAAUUAGUUUGUUUUAACCAUGGUGGUAAAUUGUAGCAAAAAAACCUGCCAAGUUGUCAUUUCUGCUCCAGUUCUCAACAUUCCUUUUCCAGUUUUAGUGGAUGUGACAGAGUUUUCUUUUUGUUUUAGAAAAGUAGUUUUUAAAUGAUUUUUUUAUUAUUUUUUAAAGCAGUUUGAUCAUACUUCCUGGAUCUUUCAUUGCUGUUUCCUUCAGCUUCAUCAUCCUCAGCAGCAUUCAUCAUGGCGUCCAGAGUCGAGCUCUAAGCCUCAAACAUGCGCGACAUCCCGCCUUGCAACUUAAUUAUUUAAAAUUUACGAUGAAAUCUGUCCAAACUAGCUUUUCUGCCAUUUUUACUGAUGUGCUUGGCCUCUUGUGAUGUCAUCAACACAAAUGAGAAUCCUGGGUUUUUUUGUUUUGUUUUUUACCCUCUGUGGGUUUUUUAGAACCUCACAUUUCCAUAAAUUAUGACUUUAAAAUCCAAAACUGCGCUACGCAGCUGUGUUUUCACUUUGUGUGAAUUUAUUAGGGAUUAAUAAAAUCCUCGCUGAAUUGUAUCUUUAAAAGGUCUGAAAAGCGCGCAGGGAAGCUGAGAUAUUUGCGUUAAUAAAGUUCCUCCUCGGGACAAACACUCAUCCCGAGUAUGAAUAUUAGAUGGAAGCUGGAGUUUAGUUUGAGAGUAAAUAUUUACCGUCCUGUUUGGACAAACUUGUUUGUGUGAUGGCUGUGAUUGCUAAUGUUGAAUUUGAAGAUAAACUGAGAGUAAGUGCCGCCUCCUCCUCCUCCUGCUGUGGAUCCUCUCCGGCUUUAUUUGCUCCAUAUGGUCUUUGACAUGGUACCCGGGAAGAAGGGAGGAAAGGGAAAAAAAGGAAAACCGUGUGUGGGCGGAGGAAAAACCUAGUAUUUUGUCCGUCCUGAAAUUUGAUUCAGAAGUUCAGGAUCCUGGAAGACAAAAAGCAAACCGAGGGGGAGGGAAGGACGGCGGAGUAAAUCCACACACUGCAAUCUCCGACUCAAGUUUGACGCUGUCCUGGUUUUCGUCUGGACCUCAGCUCGCUACUCUCAGCCUGCGUGACUAUGAGCACCUCGGGGCUUCAGGCCACUGACAGGCAGAACGUGAAGGAGCUCGACACCGUGAAGGAGUCCAUCAGUGACAUCAUCAACCAGCUGCAGGACAUCGACCCCGCCCGGCUCUCCUUCUCGCCCUUCCUGGACCUGGACACCCAGAUCUCCCUGGCACCGGUGUCGGACAGCCCGGAGUCGUCUGUGGAGGAGCUCCGCUCGGCCUCCCAUUCGGCCUCCGGCUCCCAGCGCUCUCUGGAGCCGCCGUCAGCAGCAGCGGCGGCGCAGUCGAGGAGCUCUGCUCGGUGCCACCAGCAGCCCAGCGCCACCCCCACUCCACACAGCGGAGCAAAUCAGACAGAGCAACAGAAGGAGCCGGAUCAAACUCUUUCCAGCCCCAUCAUCACUUCGCGAAGUUUGGACACCGCCACGGAAAACUGCAUGAACCCCCCUCCGCCGGCCUCUCAGGGCGACAUUCCCAACGGCACAAACACGCCGAGAUGGAGCCCAGAAUCCACCAGUGUGGAGAGCCCGGCGGACGAGGGCCGACCCCUGAUAGGACCGCCGCGGGAGAGCGUGGAGCUGGCUGUGUGGAGCACAGAGGGGCUCAGCGAGACUGAUGGGGCCGCAGGGGAGGCGUCGGAUCAGGGGAGGUGCUGCUGCCGGUGUAAAUGCAGCCAGAGCGGCCGUCUCCCCGCCAUCCUCUCCGUCCUGGCCUCGCUUCUGUGUGCAGCCGGGAUGCUCUAUGCACUCUAUUUCUAUGUCCCGAUAAGGCCCCCCGACUGCCUGGACGUAAGCUGCCGCAUCAUCUUCACCUUCUGCUGCUGCGCGGUGGCAGCGCUCCCCAUGGUGCUCGCCAUGCUGGUUGGUGCGGUGUGCCAGUUGUGCUCCGGGUCCCUGCGUCUGCAGGAGCCGACUGGUCGAAGACACGCUGUGCAGCAGCUGUUUGUCUCAUCGUCCCUGGAGCAGCUACUGCUCUACGUGCUCAACCUGGUCGUGAUGGCAGCCCUGCUGCCGCAGGAGCAGCUGAAGCUGGUGCCCAUUCUGGUGGUCAUGUUCAUCAUUGGCAGGCUUGUUUUCUGGUUCAGCCUGAACACGUGCGGCUCCUGGAGAGGCUUCGGUUCUGGUCUGACCUCCUUCCCGCUCCUCGCCGUGGUCGCUCUCAAUCUGUUCCUCAUGUACAAUCUCAAUCUCAAACAGCCCCUUUUUGGCCCUCAGGACGCCCUGUAUAAUCAGGUCACCCCGUCCUCUUGGUCGGGGUAGACAUCGCAGAGCCCGAGCGGCAAACCAGACGUCCUGCCCACAGACAUCCUGGACGCUCAGUGAGAGGGAGAGCUGCGCUUUCUUCUCCGAGCGGAGGCCAUCCUCCCAGAAAUAGGCCAUUCCUGUGGUCUGCUGCUCAGCAGAGCUACACCCGCCGCCGCUGUAAUCUCCAACUAUGUGACGGCUUUUACUUGUUGCUCCUCCUGUGUGCAGCCCUUUUUCAUGUGGUUUUGUGCUUUAUUAUCUGAAAUGCAAGCGCUCUGCCUGGCUGUGGCCGAGGUUGCCUUUGAACAAUGCUGUACACAUAAAACGGUUGUCUUUUUAAGCUGUUCCAAUGCCUAUAUUUAAGUAGAAGCUCUGCCCUGUACGCAGCUGGAUUUGUUUCACCGCAACGCAGCUGCAGUUGUCAGAUUUUACUAGUUUGACUUUACAGAGGGUUUGUACAGGACAGAGUCGGAAUAAAAACCAUUUGUAAGAAAAAAAAAAAA